AUGGCUCGCAAAUUACCUUGGGCUGUGAGUGAUGAACCGGCAGCGAAGACAAGUCGACCAAGCCCAUCAGUGCGCCCAAAGCAGGCUUCGCACGAUCCAGGUGAAGACGAUAAUGACCUUCUGCCCUCAAAUCGCGGACGCAGAAUAAACACAAGUCCCAAGAUGGCCUCACGAUCUACCAGAACUCCUUCGACAUCCCCGGUCCGCGGACCUCCGUCUGUUGAACGCAUGCGAGAUGGCUACGAUGGCGACGAUAUCUUCAUCAUGGUCGAGGAUGAAUUCCAGUCCAUUGCCCAAUCGUACACUGCUCACCUCCACCGCGCCGAGUAUAAGAGACUGAUGCGAGAGGCUCGUACCGCACCCAAGAACCUUCCUGAACCCACUUCCCCCAUGUCAAACGAGGCAAAGCGGAGACUACAAGGUGAAAUUCUUCACAAGAAACAGAAUGACACCUUGGAUACAAUCAUGGGAAAGGGUUCUACAGAACAAGAUGACGAUAAAGUCGGCGACCUGUUCUCGGGGACCAGCCUUGCUCCUCUCAUGGCACAGAGCCGUCAGCCAAAGCGGUCGUUGAUCGGUCUGGAGAAGAUGUCGAGCAGCACAAGAGCAGGCUUGGGAUAUGGCAGGGCCCCUCCCCCAAAGGCUUCAAUUCAAGACAUUGACAAUGAGCUACGAGACGACGACAACGACAACACGAUUGAUGACAUGAUACCAGGCGAAGCCGAUAACGUGAUUGAUGAUGAGAUGCCAAGUGCAAACGAUAGUGACAAGGUAUUGGGCAAGAAGAGAGCGGACGACAGUAGCAUGAGGCCGAAGCGUAAGCCUCAAGCCCUCGGCAGUGACUUCAUGAAACGAAGACGGGAGAGGGAGCUCCAGAGGGAAAAAGAGAAACAGUCAAGACUCAAUGAUGUGCCGACCUUCAUUAUUGAUUGA